AUGCCAGACUGCAACAAGGUAUUCAGGGACGAGGACCGCAAAUUCCUUAAUCAAAUGACAAAUAUCACGAAACUCGAGUUUCCUGCAUUUGAUAUAUCUGGUAAAAAUUAUCUAUCAUGGAUCCACAGGUUCUUUGAAAAAAAAAUAACUGAGAGACUUGAUCAUCAGAGGAAUAUAGUCCUCCCCAAAAUCCACUGUGAGUGGAUGCACAUUCGUUUGCAAGAUUUCAAAACUAUUAGUGAGUACAAUUCUGAACAGUUCAGAAUAUAUUCAAAAUUGACAUUGUCUAAAAAAAUUAUCAUCGAUGAAGAUAUGUUAGAGAAAUUUUUUUCCACCUUUCAAGCCUCGAAUGUGCUUCUGCAGCAGCAAUAUCGUGAGAGUGGUUCCAACAAGUACUCAGAACUUAUAUAUUGUCUACUUAUUGCUAAACAGAAUAAUGAGCUGCUGAUGAAAAAUUAUGGGUUACGUCCAACUAGUUCUGUGUCAUUGCUUUACUGCAUUGCCUGA